UAAGAUGAUUGACCUCAGUCUGUACCUGUAUAGAGGACAUAAUGGCGGUAAACCUCGGUCUAUAGUAACACCCAAUGCUCUGACCUGUUUCGGUUUGGUAUAAUGUACCAAAUUCAUGGUGUGUGUUUAGAUAUUGGCUGUAAUAUGUGUCAAAUUAUUCUAGCUUUGCACUGUUUGUCUUUAUGUAUCUAUUUGUGUUUUGUAGAGAGUUUAUUUCACUGUAGGAUAAUAAUAGAUCGAGCAACGUACAUUGUUUGCUCAUUAUUUAAUCAUAAUGGAGAAUGAGUCAAUGAAUGGAACUGCAGAUUCUGACAAACUCGACACAUCCAGGUCAUCGGCAAGUGAGGAUUCAACAAAGAGUCCAAGAGCUAAAGUUCCUUAUGCUUUGCACUUAGAUUUGAAUAAUAAAGAAAAUGAGAAAGGGGACAGCAGCAGCAGUAGUAAGAGUAAACAGCCUACUACACCGAAUUCUCGAACGUCCAGCACGUCUGCGACAUCUGGCCAAAACAAAAGUGCAACAAAGAAACCACAGACUCCUACCGAUACUGGAACCCAUGUUCUAAGAGCCCCAUAUGCACAACCAGUGUUAGAUGCUUCUAAACUUAACACAAGUGGGGGAGGAGAAGGCGCGAAAAAAUCAUCAUCAAUAGAAGAACGUCUCGCUUCAGCGAGAGAAAGGAGGAUGCAACAACAAAAACAAUUAGUAUUUGGGAGUAAUGAUCAAGAAAAUCCAGAAUUGGAUUUAAAAUUGCGUCGUGAUCGUGAAAACCAAGCACACAUGAAGUGGUUGCAGGGACAAGAAGAAAAGAGAAGGAAGAUCGAAGAAAAUAAAAUGAAAGAUGACCAACACAGGAGGGAGGUAGAGAUGAGAAAGAAACAACAAUUGGACGAGGAUAAGAAAAAAGCGGAAGCAAAGAUCGCAAAAACUGAACAUGUUUAUGAAGUGAAAAUGAGACAUAAACGAAGUUCUUCGUCAGACAGAGGAAAUAAAAGAUGGUCGUGGGGAGGAGGGAAGGCACAGCAACGUCCCAGGUCAAUGCAUGCGAGUCAUUUUGAUGUUUCACAACUUGGCAGAUUCUUUGAUGACAAUGCCACUGAUCAGAUGAAGACCGGUUCAAUGACCAAUCUCGCAUCACCAUCGUCUUCCAAGCCACAGAGUGACAGGUUUUCUAAGAGCCCUCUGCUCAUCAACACAACCCACAUGAACUUUGCUAUGGGUCUCAGAUCUUAUGAACCCCAUGCUGGGGCUGGGAGGGGAGUCUCACCCGAUUCACCACGUAUACGGCGUUCUAAUUCUCUUGGAGCAAGACCAAAACCAGCGGUAAAAGGGCCACCAUCAAGGACCUCAAGCGUGGAGAAUAUUGCCUUAAAAAAAGAUGAAACCCCACAUUUGCAACCAGCCCCAACAUCCAGCAAAGCCCCCAUUAUGAGGGGUCGUUCACCCACUCCUAAAGUGACCCUGACAACGACUGCAAAAAUUCGUGAACAACUUGCGAAGAACCAGAAAGCGACUGCAGCAGGUCGGCCAAUAUCGACACCAGGGCUCACAGAACCAGUCACUAUCAGUCCGCGUCUACUUGCACCCACACGGGCCUCUCUAGCGCGCUCUAGGAAUGCAAUUAAUGACUUGGAUGACAGUGCUUCGCAAUCAUCCAACACUUCUGGAGGUCACGGUCCAAUGAGAAGCCGAAGUAAAGACAGAAGAACUAAAGACAAAAUGCCGGCACGGUCUGAUUCUGGCAGCUCAUCUCCUUUAGUAGAAACAGCAAAAUCAUCUCCAUCCAUGCGUAAACCUACACCUGAACGUAAAGCCACUCCUACUCGAGGCUCCUCACCGAUGCUGCCCGGUAAGCGAGCAGCUUCCCCAGCUCAAAAUCGUUCAUCCAGUGCAACAAAUGCCGCUGAAACAAAGAAAACUGCCACACCAGAAAAUAGGACCCAAAAAAGAGGGAAUUCACCAGCAUCUAGGCGUACUGCACCAUCUCCUGCACGAAAACCCAAAACUUCCACGCCAUCUUCCGAUUCACCACAAACUACACCACAGAGAUCAACAAGAGGGGCUUCCCCCUCCCCAGCAAGUGGAUUAAAAACAAAAAGCAAAGUUGACACUCCUAAAUCAACUUCUCCAAAUAUCAAACCUUCUCUUCGUGCAACGAAUUCAACUCAGAUAAAAACAACCAGAUCUUCUCCUGCAAAUAAAACUUCAUCGGCAGCAAAAACAACUAAAACUCAGAAGCCAGCAACACCAAAACCCAAAACGCCAGAUACUCCAAAACAGACUGAAAAACCGAAAGAAACUCCAAAAGAACCACAGAAAACACCAGAAACUUCUCAAGAUAGUGGUUUCACGGACGCUUCGAAACCAUCACAGGAGGGAGCAUCAAUACCCAAUAGUGUGGGAGCUACUCUGUCCGUCUCGACAAGCGGAGAAAUCCCGAAAAGCCUCAGCAACACAUCACAGGGGGUUUCGGAAAUCCCCAGCCUGUCUGAGACUGUAGAAAAAGGAGAUACAGUGGAGCCUGUCUCCCAGGAAAAAGUGGGGGGUGAUGUGCCCGAAAAAACUGAAAAUAUUGAACAAUCUAAUCAGGAACUGUUACUAGGUGUUAGUAUAACCCCAGAAAGCGUAAAAUUGCCCCAUGGUCAGUCAACCGUGGAGAAUGACCUUCAACCCCAACUGAAUAUUGAAGUGAACAAUGAAUUUACUUCCCAAGACGUAACCAAUGAAGUCAAACCAAAUGUGGAAUCUACGAUAGAGAAUGACAUGUCGCCCAAAACCCAAUCACCCAUGAACAAUGACCUUUCACCCCAAGUACAUUCAAACAUUGUUCCCGACCCCUUACAGGACUUCAAUUUACUCUCUGAAAACAACCUUCCACUCCAAGUUAACUCAACCAUGACCAAUGACCUUUCAACUCUAGUUGACAACAAUGAAAACCAGCAAGAUACUGAUUCAUUAGAAGGGGAAUCCCCUUCGAAGGAGGAGGAAACCUUCAAAAUUGAAUCUGGAACUAAAGAGCAGCUACAAGCGACUACUAAGACUUACGAACCUGAACCAGAAAUACUGGAAGAAGCUGGUAAUGUGGACAAUACUUUAGAUUCUGAAAAAGAAAUAAAAGAUACGAUAGACAAUGCUGAAAGUGGCGAACAAAAAGUUACUGAUUUGCAGAAAAAUGAGGAAAUUGGGGAUUUAUCACAGACUACUGCUAUAUCUACUCCUAUUACUUUAAAUGUAGUAGAUACAGCAGUGACUGAGGAACAGCCAGACAGUCUCGAAGCUCAGGAUGUCAUAAAUGACUUAACAACACAGGAAGAGAAUCUCAUUGACACGAUCCCAGAAAACAGAGAUUCGUUACUUGAUUCGUUUAAAACGGUUGAACCGCAGGAUCCAAGAGCCGUAUCACCGACCGAUUCUCUGGAAGACUUCGAGCCUGAGCCAGAGUUACCAGAAAACACUCAAGAACAGUCGGUUGAGUAUCUUCCUCCAGAUCAUUUUGACUCCGAAAGUAGUGACAGUGAGAGCGAAGAGCAAGUUUCGGUGAAAGAGAAUAUCGUUGAGAUAGAAGAACCAACGGAGAAAGAUACAGAACAUGAGGAAAUUCCUGAAGAUAUUACAGAUAAAGUACAAACUACUGAUGUUUCUCCUGAGCCAUCGGAAUCGCAAGAACAAGAGAGAAAAGAAGAUGAAAUUUCUCUGCAGAAAGAAGAGGAGGAACCAAUGGAAAAACCAACAGAGCAAGAUGAAUCUAUAACUGUAUUGGAACAAAAAGAAGUGAUUCCUCCAAUUGACACACAAGAAAUAGCUCAAGUCACAGAGCCUGAAGAGGUCAAGGUCACAGAAAACAAGGAAGUUCCUGAUAGUCAACCAAUUGCAGACAUCACUACCGUUAAGACAGAUAAUAAGCAGGAACAACCUAAGGAGGAAAUUGAAUCUAAUGAGAAAACUUCCGAGGAAAAAGAUCAGUCUCAGGAAAAAACUUUGGAGCCAGCGCAGCAAAAUUCUGAUGGAGAUUCCCCUCCCACAUCUGAGUCUGCUCCUGCUGAAAGGAAAAGCAUGCCAAGGAAAGCACUUGAGACUGAAGCAGAUAAAGAAGCAUAUCGGCAAGCAAUCGCUGAAAAAAGGAGAGAAUUGAAAGAGAAAAAAGAGCAGGAAGAGAGAGAACGUCAAGAAAGAAUAAGGUUAGCGAAGAUAGAAUCUCAAAAACGAGAAGAAGAAGCUCGAAAAAUGUUUGAAGAAGCGGCCGCUGAAGCGGAACGAGAGAAGAAAGAGGAAGAGGAGAGAGCAAAGAGGAUGAUUGAAGAUGAGAAACGUAGAGAGGAAGAAGCAAUAGCACGGAAAGAAGCAGAAAAGAAGGAAGCAGCAGAGAAAGUAAAACGAGACAGGGAAGCUCAGAAACAGAAACAAGAAGAUGAGAGAUUGGCUAGGAAAAAGAGAUUGGAAAUGAUAAUGAGGAGAACUCGUCAACCAGACGCUACAGACUCCAACAAGUCCCAAACAGAUGGGUCUAUAUCACCAGCAGGGACCCCUUCACCCCAACAUACCCCCACUAUUCAGUCCCCGGCAUCUGGAAGAUCACCCCAGACCCAGAGCCCUGUAGGAGGAAAGUCCCCAAUCACUGCAACAACACCAGAAAGAUCGGUGUCACCUGCUGUGGCAGCUAUUAUAAAUCGAAGCAGCAACAAUAACUCACCAACCACAACUGUGACAUCACAAUCAAACAGUGAUUCAGCAGACAACAAUUCAUCCAAUGAACAGACUUUAUUAAAUUUUUCAAAUUCAACUUCAAAUUAUGAUUCUGGGGUUGAAUUAUUAAAAAUUGGCGCUGGAUUGGAUUCAAUGUCACUCGAUUUUGAGAAACCGAAACCUAUUGAAGCGUUUACAACGGUUAAACCUAUUUCUAAUGGAAUGAAAAGUGAGGAGGCCCAGAAUCAUAAUAAUAUGGAUCCAUUCAACAUAUUCACUAAUGGUAGCAUGGACCUGCAGCAGCAGACAACAAUGCAAGUCAGCAAUGGAAACCAAGAUUUGCUUGCAAGUAAUAAUGACAAUAUGAAGAUAUCCACAGAACCUCUUGUUCCAACUGAAAUAUAAACCGGAUAUAACUGGUUUCAUCUGGUUCUGUCAAGACUUGGUUUUAAAUGCGAUCAGAACCUCUCGUUCCAACUGAAAUAUAAACCGGAUAUAACUGGUUUUAUCUGGUUCUUUCAAGACUUGGUUUUAAAUGCGAUCAGAACCCCUUGUUCCAACUGGAAUAUAAACCGGAUAUAACUGGUUUUGGUAAGACUGUUGGUUUCAAAAUAGAGUCUACUGAAUUAGCGCCUCAAAUUUAACCUUUUGACCAGAUUCAUAUGGUUUAAACUGGUUUGUACUGGAAUGAGCUUGUUUAUUCUUAAAUAACUCCAGUUCCAGUAAUAUCUCUGCUAGGCUCCAUAUGCAGAAUUACUGGAUUAAACUGGUUUUAGCUAGUCUGAAUUACAACAGACCAGAUAAUGGCUUCUUUGUGAUCCAACAUAAGCAAAAAUCCCAUUUUAUAGUGAGCAGAAGUUUGGGUUAUGUGUUAUAUAUAUUUUCAGUAUGACUAAUCUAAUUUAUUAACAUGCACUAUGCUUUUGAUAUGCGUGACUAAUUCCAGAUGCAACUGCUUUUGACCGGUUAUGACUGCCCAAAUCCGGUUCCAGCUCAUUGCUUGCUUGCUUUAUUGUCAAUUUAUAGAAAAUGAUAUAUUGUUGUUAUUUUAUGUUCCUUGAUUUUUUGUGUGUUUUAUUAUUUCAAAAUCAUUGAAAAUAUGCUAUAUAGUGAUGUCAUAAAUUAUAUUUAUUAUGUGAUAGUGCUAGAACAUUUUGAAAUCAAAUUAUGCCCUGAAUUGUUUUCCAAAAAUGGCUGUACGUACAGGUGCUAUGCUCUCAUGUUUCAAAAUUCAUUUUCAUUUCGAAAAAAUUAAAUUGAACAUAAAAGGGUUGUAAUUAGGCGCUCCAGAAUUGUGUGUACCAAUAUGGAGGCAACUAAUUUUGUUCACCUACUUUACAUCAAGCUG